AAAGAAGAAGGAGACCGGUUCUGAUCCGAAAAGCAGGGCAGAGCAGAGCUUUUGGGUAAAAUCCAGAGAGACGAGAGAAGAAAGGAAGGAAGCAGCACCCAAAAUCAGAAUCAGCGUCUACAUCCAACCUGUUAUAAUAGUCUACUCUACUCCCUCUCUCCUCCAGCUAAUUCCCUCUGUUCUCACUUUUCCCGGCAUAAAAGAGGAAAACCCAUCAACAAAUUCAAAUAAAUUUCUCCCUCUGUUGCUUUUCAGGGCGUAGAAAUGGAAACCCCUCUCCGCGUUACACUUUCUGACAUGAUUGUCAUCCCCAGGAAAAAGGGUUCUCGUCUCUUGGUUUAAUUUCAGCUGCCGAUGAUCAUCGAACCAAAUCAGGAACUGACUCCACUGCAAAAGGGUAUUCGGGAUUGCUGCUUGACCCAUUAAAAAAGAAGAGCUGCAUUACAGUAUAAUAGCCUUCUUUGAGUAGCCGCACCUCUUCGUUUCAGGCUGUUUUGGGGAUUCUUCUUACCGUUGCUCUAACACAUUGUGGACUGCAUUUUCCUCUGUUCCUAUAUGUUUCAAGAUUCUCCACAUAAUAGUCAUCUCAGCCCAACUUUGAUACAUAUCUUGAGAAAAUCCAUUUGAACAGUCCACGUGAAUCAUGAAAGUUGAAGGUGAGCCCAUAGUUUGCCAUUCAAAUGCUAGCCCCAAGUUUGUUCCCAAGUCUUUUGAAUGUGAUAAUGAUGAUCUCAAUUCUGGUGGGAUGAAGCUUGAAGAUCAGAAAGAAUUUACAAGCAUUCUCAAAGGCAAUAUGGAUGCCCAUCACAAUAAUACUGCUGCAGAUGGUUGGGUUGCAAAGAAGCGUGAAUGCCUAGAUCUUGAUGAUUUUAAUGACUAUGACGAUGUUAAAGCCUUUGUGUCACCACUCAAUAAUUCUUGUAAAGUAGACUUGUCUGAGGAAGACUCCGAGUUAUACAUGGAAAAGAGUAUUGUUGAAUGUCAACUUCCAGAACUAAUAGUUUGUUACAAAGAAAAUAUUUGCAAUAUUGUUAAAGAUAUUUGUAUUGAUGACGGUACUCCUCGGGAUAAGCUCUUUUGUGGUAGUAGUUUGGAUGAGGAGGAUGUCUGUUCCAUUAACCCUCCUACAAAAGAUUGGAAGGAUGAGUCUGUAGGAGAACUAAAGCAAAGAGAUAUGUUUGCUUCAGAUGAUUCAGAGCAUUCAGAAUCUUUUGGCAGUAAGGACUCACCCAAUCAAUGCGAUUCCAAGGAUUUGGCUAGUACUCCUGAGGCAGAAUAUGAUGUGGCAUAUUUUACUGACAACGAUAUGCCAAUGACAGAUUUAGUUACAGAGAGCUUAAAGCCACUAACCGACAAUAAGAUUAAGCCUCACCCUCAGUCUGAACAGGUUUGUAUUGAAACUACGUGUUCGGAAGUCCCUGUUUUGGCACAUGUAGCUGAUGAAUCUUUUAGCAACACCAGAGAAACGACAUCAGAGUCCAUUACUUCAGCUGAAGAUCCCAAAAAUAGCGAUUCUGCGAAUGGUAUGUCAUACAAUAGUAAAGUGGACAAAGGAAACAUUACUUUCGAUUUCAAUUCUUUAGCAUCCACAGCUAGUGAUGGUCUGGAGCGUUGUGAUAAUGGUGACUUGAACUCUUCAGCUCCUUCAACCAGUGCCUCGGUGGGCUGCAAAGAGACUACCAGCUCCAACCCUUUAGCUUCUGCCGACAAAAGUGAACCACAAUGUCACAAUACUAGUAGUAACCCUAAACGUGUGGAAUAUGAAGACUUACCACGAGUGGAAUAUGAAGACAUACGUAAGACUGAAGUUGGGAAUUUCGAUAGUCAUACGGUUUCAAGCGAAGUCCAACAAGGCGUGGGUGAAACAAGUUUCUCUGUGGCACCUUUGGGGAGUCUGAUGUCUAAUUCGGGCCGUAUAGGUUACUCUGGCAGCAUCUCUCAUCGGUCUGAUAGCAGCACAACCAGCACCCGUUCGUUUGCCUUUCCCAUAUUACAAACCGAGUGGAAUAGCAGUCCUGUUAGAAUGGCUAAACCUGAUCGAAAGCAUCUACAGAAGCAUCGGGGAUGGAGACAUGGCAUUCUGUGCUGUAGAUUCUGAAAGCUUCUACUAAUUUAUCCAUAAUUUAUCCUUAGGUUUAGUAUCUAAAAUAUACAUCACCCAAGUCUUUUGUCAGUCGAGUCGCAUAAAUAUAGUCAAUCUUUGCCAAUGUCUACCUUCAUUUGUUAGGUUCUCUUCAGAUUGCAAUAUCAUACAGGUUGAAUUUCUGUCUUUUAAAGGAGCGUCAUUAAUGCUCAACUUACAGAGGAUGUUUUACAUGUUGUAAGGUCAUCUUACGAGAUUAGCUGAAACACAUGUUUGUUGGUUCGAACACCAAGUGAUUAUAAAAAUGAAAAAGCUGCAAUUAACAUUGUUUUAA